CUUUUUUUCAUAGCUAAGGUAAGAUAUCCUUGCCUUCGUGUAAUUGUGGGAAUAAAGAUCUGUUUUCAUCUGUGUUACAGAAUAAAAACUGCAACCCCGUAAUGUCAUCCACUGUAACAGUAUACUUAGAUGAUUCCGUCGACACCAUUAUUUCCUCGAUUUGUCCAUCAUGUCGCUGUAUUUAGGAACGUUUUAGUUUAAAGACGCUGCUAGGCCGGCGGCUAGCCUGAAUGAAGUCUACAAAGCUAGCCGAGCCGCUUGCUUUAAAAUGCGUCUGCGGCCGUUCUCCGAUAGAUUUCGUAACAAUUUAAUAACAAGAUGUUAUGUUGGUUUGCUUUAAUCAGUAUCCUUAAAUUCACAUGUAAAUAAGCAGCUAACAAGGUGGCUCUGCUAUCGUGCUGCUAACGUGUAGUCAUGCCGCUGGUUUGCAUUGGUGUUGCCCCCGUCCAUGAAAAUACUAUAAAUGUAUUGUUUCUUUUUCGUGCUGCUCAUUGUGUUACUGGUUCAAAUGCAUUUAGAUUUACGUUUUAAUGGUUGGUGUAAUUUAGCUCUCGUUGAACUAAGGUUUGAAAGCUCUACGUUAGUUUAGUUACAAAUGUUAUGGCUUAAACAGUGCUGUAAUACUAAUUCAUCUGUUUUAACAGAAUUUAGUGCAUAAGAUUUGGUCAGCUGUUUAAAGGGGCCUGCUAAACAGUUGAUGUGAAUUAACACUUCCCUGUCUUAUAUUUGUAUCAGAUGGCAGAGGGAGACAAGAAGAAGUCUGCCAAGAAGAAGCACGGGAGCCGGAACCCGGUUCUGGCCCAGGGCAUCGGCCGCUACUCCCGUUCUGCUAUGUACGCCCGCCGGGCAAUGUACAAGAGGAAGACCAAGACCACUGAGACCAAGAUUGAGAAAAAGAUCAAAGAAAAACCAAAGGCUACAGUUGUGAAAACUGUCGGAGGAGACAAGAACGGAGGCACCCGCGUUGUAAAGCUGCGCAAAAUGCCCCGCUACUAUCCCACAGAGGACGUUCCCCGUAAACUGAGGAGCCAUGGGAAGAAACCCUUCAGCCAGCACAAGAGGAAGCUGCGCGCCUCCAUCACACCUGGAACCGUCCUCAUCCUGCUGACCGGGCGCCACCGCGGAAAGCGCGUGGUGUUCCUGAAGCAGCUCUCAAGUGGUCUCCUGCUUGUCACCGGCCCUCUUGCCUUGAACAGAGUCCCCCUGCGAAGGGCUCACCAGAAAUUCGUUAUCGCCACCACCACCAAGAUCGACAUCUCUGGUAUGAAGAUCCCCAAAACCCUCAACGACACUUACUUCAAGAAGAAGAGGCUCAGGAGGCCCCGUCACCAGGAGGGGGAGAUCUUCGAUACGGAGAAGGAGAAGUACCAGCUGACGGAGCAGAGGAAGGAGGACCAGAAGGCGGUUGACGCUCAGCUGCUGCCCCUCAUCAAGAAGGAGCCUCAGCUGAAAGGAUACCUGCGCUCCACCUUCGCCCUGACUAAUGGCGUUUUCCCACACAAGCUGGUUUUCUAAAUAUGUAAUAAAAACUUACCACCGUC